AUGCAGCUGUUCCUUGCCCCAGAGGUGGCUGCAUCUCAGCACCAGGCUCGGCCGGCUCGGGGCUCCCCCCCCCCCCGGCGGGGCUCGGGCUCGCCGGGGCUCGCAGGGCGGCGCGCCGCGCCGGCAGUGCGCAGUGGGCUGUGCGCUGCGGCGGGCGGGCGGGCGCUCCGGUUGCCGUCGCUCGGCGGAGGCAGCAGCCGGGGCGGCCCCGCAAAGGCCCCUCCCCCCGGGGCUCCCCGCAAGGCUCCGGCGGCGGCCGGGACCCUGCAGCCCCCUGGGGGCUCGCCAGCCGGCCCGGGGGGAGAGGCAGAGCGGGGCGGGUCGAGGCCCCCCCCGCCCCAGUCCCUCUCCAUCAUUGCGGGGCGCAGGGCGCACGGCUCCGGGCGCAGCCUCCUGCGGGCGUCCCUCUCCAUGGAGGGGGGACCGGGGGCGCCCGGGGCCGACAGCCCGAACCGGGCCGUGGAGUACCUGCUGGAGCUCAACAACAUCAUCGAGACCCAGCAGAAGCUGCUGGAGACCCAGCGGCGCCGGAUCGAGGAGCUGGAGGGGCAGCUGGAGCAGUUGACCCAGGAGAACCGGGACCUGCGCGAGGAGAACCGGGAGCAGCCCGGGCGGGAGCGGGAGCGGGAGGGGCCGUUCCACCAGCACCCGGGCCGGGAGUACCAGGGCCGGCCGGAGCGGGACAGUCAGUACCAGGGCCGGCCGGAGCGGGACGGGCAGUUCCAGAGCCGGCCGGAGCGGGACGGGCAGUUCCAGAACCGGACGGAGCGGGAUGGGCAGUUCCAGAGCCGGCCGGAGCGGGACAGUCAGUUCCAGAACCGGACGGAGCGGGACGGGCAGUUCCAGAACCGGGAAGGCCAGUACCAGAACUGGGAAGGGCAGUUCCAGAACCGGGAGGGCCAGUACCAGAAGCGCGGGGACGGGCCGUACCAGAACCGGGAUAAGGAGCCAGAGCCGCACCCCGGGAACCGCGAGGGGCCCUACCAGAACCGGGACGGCCACUACCGGGACCAAUGCCAGCUGCACCGAGACGGCGGCUCCCUCCGGGAGCGAAGCGGCCCCCACCCGAACCGAGACAAGGAGCGGGAGUACCCCCGCCCGCCCCGGGAGAGGGAGCGGGGCCCGCUGAGCCGGGGCGUGUCCCGGAGCUCCAGUCCCGGAGCCGGCGGGGGCCACAGCACCAGUGCCAGCACCAGCCCUGCCACCACUCUGCAGAGAAAGUCCGAUGGUGACAACUCCCGAACCGUCAGCGUGGAGGGGGACCCGCCGGGCAGCGAGGCGGGGCCGACGGUGGACAGCCCGGGCAGCCAGGCGCCCUACCGCUGCGGGGCCGAGCUGGCCAAGGCUGGGGAACCCUACGCCCGGGGCCCCCUGACUGCCACCGUCUCCGCCUGCCACCCCCCGGCCCCCGGGCUGCCCUGGGCCCAGCGGGCGCGGCUGCAGCCGGCCAGCGUGGCGCUGCGCAAGCAGGAGGAGGAGGAGAACAAGCGCUCGAAGGCCCUUUCGGACAGCUAUGAGCUCUCCACCGACCUCCAGGACAAGAAGGUGGAGAUGCUGGAGCGGAAGUACGGGGGCUCGUUCCUGAGCCGGCGGGCGGCCCGCACCAUCCAGACGGCCUUUCGCCAGUACCGCAUGCAGAAGAACUUCCAGCGGCUGCGCAGCUCGGCCUCGGAGAGCCGCAUGUCGCGCCGCAUCGUGCUCUCCAACAUGCGCAUGCAGUUCUCCUUCGAGGAGUUCGACAAGGGGCCGGCCGCCGCCCCCUACUUCGAGGGCAAGCCGGCCUCCCUGGACGAGGGCACCAUGGCCAGCGCCCGCCCCCACCUGCUGGAGCGCGGGGGGCUGCCCUACGGGGGCUCCUGCCGGGCCGGCCUGGAGAGCGGCUCGCUCCACGCCUCCUCCGGCGACUUCUGCAGCGAGAUCACCGAGCUGGAGGACUCCUUCGCCAAGCAGGUGAAGUCCCGGGCGGAGUCGAUCGACGAGGCCCUGAACUGCCACCCGCUGCCGGCGCCGGAGGGGGGGGGGCCCGGCCCGCUGGAGAAGAGCGAGUCGAAGGAGCAGCAGGGGGACAGCGCAGCCACCUCCUUCAGCGACGUCACCCUGUACCUGGACGAGGGGGUGCCGGCCUCCCCCCUCUCCCUGGAGCGGCCCCCCAGCUCGGAGCCCCCCGAGCCCGCCCCCCCGGCGGCCCAGCCCCGGCCCGAGUUCUGGGGGGCCCCGCAGCGGGAGGACAGCCGGGAGAACGGGGCCGGCCGGCGCGGGACCCCCUGCCUGGAGUGCCGGGACUUCCGCCUGCGGGCCCACCUGCCGCUCCUCACCAUCGAGCCCCGCGACAGCUCGGUGGACCUGAGCGACCUCGAGCGCAGCUCCGUGCACCGGGCCUGGCCUCACGAGCCGGACGGCUGCGGGGCCCCCAAGCACCCGCCGGCCCCCCCGCCCCCGGCCCCCUCCCCCCACCCCCUGCGCCACUACCGCCCCGAGCCCGCCCCGCCCCCGCCCCCGCCGCCCGGACGCCUGGCUCCCGAGCACUCGGACGGCGACAACGACAGCCUGCAGAGCAGCAGCAACUCCACCGAGACCGUCAACUGCAGCUCGGGGUCCUCCUCCCGGGACAGCCUGCGGGGCCCCCCGCCCCCGCCCCCCCCGGCGCCCCCGCCCGCCGGCCCCGGCCCGGGCCUGUGCAAGCAGACGUACCAGCGGGAGACCCGCCACAGCUGGGACUCGCCCGCCUUCAACCACGACCUGCUGCAGCGGCGCCAGUACCGCAUCGGGCUCAACCUCUUCAACAAGAAGCCGGAGAAGGGGAUCCAAUACCUCAUUGAGAGAGGGUUCCUCUCGGACACGCCAGUCGGGGUCGCUCACUUCAUCCUGGAGCGCAAGGGCCUGAGCCGGCAGAUGAUUGGCGAGUUUCUCGGCAACCGGCAGAAGCAGUUCAACCGCGACGUUCUCGACUGCGUGGUGGAUGAGAUGGAUUUCUCCAACAUGGACCUGGACGACGCCCUGCGGAAGUUCCAGUCGCACAUCCGGGUGCAGGGGGAAGCGCAGAAAGUCGAGCGUCUCAUCGAAGCCUUCAGCCAGCGCUACUGUGUCUGCAACGCCCCGCUUGUGCGCCAGUUCCGGAACCCGGACACCAUCUUCAUCCUGGCCUUCGCCAUCAUCCUCCUCAACACGGACAUGUACAGCCCCAGCGUCAAGCCCGAGAGGAAGAUGAAGCUGGACGACUUCAUCAAGAACCUCAGAGGGGUGGAUAACGGGCAGGACAUCCCCCGCGACCUCCUGGUGGGGAUCUACCAGCGCAUCCAGAGCCGCGAGCUGCGAACGAACGAUGACCACGUCUCCCAGGUCCAGACCGUCGAGCGCAUGAUCGUGGGGAAGAAGCCGGUGCUGUCCCUGCCCCACCGUCGCCUGGUCUGCUGCUGCCAGCUCUACGAGGUGCCCGACCCCAACCGGCCCCAGCGGCUCGGCCUGCACCAGAGAGAGGUCUUCCUCUUCAACGACCUGCUGGUGGUGACGAAGAUCUUCCAGAAGAAGAAGAUCAUGGUGACGUACAACUUCCGCCAGAGCUUCCCCCUGGUGGAAAUGCACAUGCAGCUGUUCCAGAACUCCUAUUACCAGUUCGGGAUCAAGCUCCUGUCGGCCGUGCCGGGCGGGGAGCGGAAGGUGCUGAUCGUCUUCAACGCCCCCAGCCUGCAGGACCGGCUCCGCUUCACCAGCGACCUGCGGGAGUCCAUCGCCGAGGUGCAGGAGAUGGAGAAAUACCGCGUGGAGUCGGAGCUGGAGAAGCAGAAGGGGGUGAUGCGCCCCAGCGCCUCGCCGGCGGGGGGCCCGAAGGAGGCGGUGAACGGGACGCUGACGCGGAGCAGCCUGGAGGACACCUACGGGCUGGGCGAUGGGCUGAAGCGAAGCGCCCUGAGCAGCUCCCUGCGCGACCUCUCCGACGCCGGCAAGCGGGGCCGUCGUAACAGCGUGGGAUCCCUGGACAGCACCAUCGAAGGGUCUAUCAUUAGCAGCCCCGCCCCACCAACGCAUGCCCCCGCCCCGCUGGAGGAGUACAAGGCUCAGCCCCGCCCCAUCUCCAACUCCUCCUCCUUCCUGGGCUCCCUCUUCGGCAGCAGGCGGGGCCGGGCCCCCUUCCCGCUGCCCCCCGGCCAGGCCUCGGCCCCCUCCGCCCACCCCCUGUACCCGCUGCCCCUGUCCCCGAUGGCCCUCCAAACUGCAGGCCCUCCACGCCCAGUACUGCCACGUGGCCCCGCCUACCCCAGCAGCCCCGCCCCAGCAGCCGGCUCCGCCGCCCCGCUGCCCCCGUGGCUGCUGCCCCGCCCCGCUUCCACAUGUCCUCCCAGCCCCGCCUCGGCACCCCAGAAGCAGACGCCGGCCUUCCCCUGGUGCACCAGCAUUACACCCUCCAGCGGCCCGGGCACCAGAGGCGGCUGCACCAGGAGCGGGGCCCCGGACGGGCCUGCGGGGAGCGGGGGCCCCCGGCCGAGGAUCGGGCCCCGGCGGCGGAGGAUCGGGCCCCGCGGCGGCCGUGCGGAGCGGCCCCCGGCGGAGGAGCGGGGCCCCAAGGCGGAGCAGGGGCCCUGGGGGCCCUGGCCGGGGCGAGGCCGAGCCCCCGAGGAUUUCCUGCCGCCCCCCGAGGGCCCCGUCUUCGAGCCCAGCUGGGCCGAGUUCCGCGACCCCCUGGGCUACAUCGCCAAGAUCCGGCCCAUCGCCGAGAAGAGCGGGAUCUGCAAGAUCCGGCCCCCCGCCGACUGGCAGCCCCCCUUCGCUGUGGAAGUGGAUAACUUCAGGUUCACCCCGCGCAUCCAGAGGCUUAACGAAUUGGAGGCGCAGACGCGGGUGAAGCUGAACUACUUAGACCAGAUUGCGAAGUUCUGGGAGAUCCAGGGCUCCUCGCUCAAGAUCCCCAACGUGGAGCGGCGCAUCCUCGACCUCUACAGCCUGAGCAAGGUCAGAGGCUGGGUUGCAGUCAGGGGAGAGGGCCGGCGGCACCGGGGAUGA